CUUUCCUCUCUGUGCUAGAGCAUGUGUGGAUGUGAGCACUCUUUUCUCUCCUAUUAUUUGAGUGGCUGCAGGUACUGGUGUCUGCCUCUAUGCCUCUGUGCCAGAGGGAUAAAGAGGGAAAGAAAGAGGACUAGUGCUUCAUAUCCCCCCUUUGGCCUCCCCGUCUCCCUGCUCCCUGCCACUCCAUCCUUCCUUCCUCCCUCCCGGACCACCCGUCAGCGGCUGGAUCAACCCGCCCGGACCCUCCUCCCACAACCCCUUUGACUAUCCUCACUUCACCGUCCCGUCUUGUGAACUGAGUGCAGGAAUUUCUGGUUACUGGGAGCUGAAGACUGGUUUUGGCAGUGCAGUCACAGAUAUUCUUGGUUUGGAAGAGCAGAAGAGAACCUUUGAAUACAAAUUUAGAAGUAAACUUCCUGUACAGAGAAAGAGUAAGGAGUUGCUCAGGGUGAGGUACACUGGACAGACGGAACUCUCCCAAGUCUUCUGGAAGUGUGGCAGCACGUGGUCACAUGACCUGGAAGAGAAAACCCAAGAGACUUCUGGGAUCCCUCUCUGAAUGGGCCGGUUAUCAACCUGGAAAGAAGUCUAAAGGCUGAUGAACUGAUCCGCACAGCGACACAGCUGCGCUCUCUUUCCCUCUUUGUCUGGCCAGUCUCUCCAUUUAUGUCCUGAGAUCCACAACUUUCUGCAACUCUGGUGACUGGUUGGCUGCUGUACCAUCAUUCUCGUCCUACUCCUGGGGAUUUCCUGUCACGUGACCAUAUUCCUGCUUCACCUCCACUCCUAGUAUGGAACCCAGCAAAGUCCAGUCAGAGGGCGGGCUGAAUGUGACCCUGACCAUCCGGCUUCUCAUGCACGGCAAGGAAGUUGGAAGCAUCAUUGGAAAGAAAGGGGAAACUGUGAAAAAGAUGCGUGAAGAGAGCGGCGCUCGCAUCAACAUCUCAGAAGGAAACUGUCCUGAGAGGAUCGUCACCAUCACUGGACCCACAGAUGCCAUCUUUAAGGCCUUCGCCAUGAUCGCAUACAAGUUUGAAGAGGAUAUAAUCAACUCCAUGAGCAACAGCCCAGCCACCAGUAAGCCCCCUGUCACUUUGCGCCUCGUGGUGCCCGCCAGUCAAUGCGGCUCCCUCAUCGGCAAAGGAGGCUCAAAAAUCAAAGAAAUGAGAGAGUCCACAGGAGCUCAGGUGCAGGUAGCAGGGGACAUGCUGCCUAACUCCACAGAGCGCGCAGUGACAAUCUCCGGCACCCCGGAAGCCAUCAUCCAGUGUGUCAAACAGAUAUGUGUGGUCAUGCUGGAGUCCCCACCGAAAGGUGCCACCAUUCCCUACCGCCCAAAGCCCGCCUCCACCCCCGUCAUUUUUUCAGGUGGCCAGGCCUACACAAUUCAGGGACAAUAUGCCAUUCCACACCCAGAUCAGUUGACCAAGCUCCACCAGUUGGCUAUGCAGCAAACCCCCUUUACCCCCCUCGGACAGACCACCCCUGCUUUCCCUGGUCUGGAUGCCAGUCCCCCGGCCAGUACUCAUGAACUCACCAUUCCCAAUGAUCUAAUAGGCUGCAUUAUCGGGCGCCAGGGAACCAAAAUCAACGAGAUCCGUCAGAUGUCUGGAGCGCAGAUCAAAAUAGCUAAUGCCAUGGAAGGGUCAUCAGAGCGCCAGAUCACCAUUACAGGAACCCCCGCCAACAUCAGCCUUGCCCAGUACCUCAUCAACGCAAGGUUCAGAGACGUGGCCGCCAUGUGGAAUGACCCCUCAUCAAUGACUACAUCCUGAAGCCCCAAACUGCUUUCAUUAUCUGAAGCUUUCAGCAGCUGAUUCCCAAUAGACCUAUACACAAUAUUCCCUUAGAACUCACCAACCUUUCCCUUAAACCCCAUGGUUAACUUCAUCAGUAGCUACGUUCAUUUAGGCAGACUACUGACAUUUAAAAAAAAAAAAGAAAUGGUAAAAAAAGAAAAGCAGGACAACUGCAGUAUGAUUUGUUCAUGUUAUGCAGUGUUUUAGUGUAGUAUUUUAGCAUGCUGAAUGCUUGAAUCUUGUUAUAUAUUUAUUUAUUGUUUUAAAUUUGUUAGAUUAGUUCAGUAUGGUUGCUGCAUAAGUCUUAUUGACAGCAAAGAUUAAAAAAAAAUGUCAAAAGCAGAUUGCAUCCAAUAGCAUUUUCUAGCAAUGCUGUUGGCAAGGAGCUAGUGAUGUGAUGCAGAAGUUGCAACAAAGUACAAAGGCAUGUCAGAACCGAGGAGGUGCUGGAAAAUGUAUUUCUUUAGAAGCGGAAGAGAUUUUAUUUUUGCAUUUGAUGGGAGCCUGAUUGUUUUCAGCUUAACCGAAUCGACGGUAAUGCAUGCUAAUUACUCGACGCGGAGAGCAACAAGGCGGAAAAAGCUAUCAUUCUUGUACAGAAGUGUCAAAUGCUUUCAGAAUUAUUUUAUGUUAUCUAUUUUUUCUAUCUUUUCCUUACCCCCUCCCCUUUUUCCUCUUCCCUUAACUAUUCUAGGCUGACGUCUGAGGUCACUGGAAUGGGCACUCUCUAAUUUCUACCCAUGAUCCUUCACUGCAUCACAUGACCCUUGAGCCAAUGGCAUUGCACCUAGUUUGUUUUCUCUCUGUACUUUUGCUGUCCUGUAUUUUCAGUAAUUCUGACUAAUUUCUGUUCUAUAAUGUGCACAUAUUUCAAAUCUCAGUUUGAUGUUCCUCCUACUCAACCUUUGUUGUGUUCCCGAUGGCCCUACUUUAUAAUUAUUUUAAAAGACACUUGACUUUUUUUGACUCUCUAGUACCUCAUGUCACCGGUGUCCUGUUUUGUCAUCGCUUUCACUGUGAAUUCAUAUUUUUCGGUCCGUAUUCUGUGGUGUGGUACAGCAAAGCCAAUGAAAUCCUCCUCUUCCCAAUCUUUCAUUAGGUCAGAUUGAGUUUAAAGCAGCGGUCCUGUGCUUUGCUCCAGGGCUUUGCUCACCGGCAACCUUACAACAGUCAACAUCUUAAACAUGAAUAAUGAAACCGACUGAUGGAGCUGGAAUGUUUGCACCACGCCUGUAUGAUUUGUUUGCAUCUGUCAUUGUGGCAUGCGGAGUAACACAGAGAAUCCAUUAUUAGCUUCUUGUAUUCACUUUCAGAACUGAGAGGAAGAAGAAAAUCAGUGUGAAAACAAUAUGAGAAAUGUAUAAGCCACACUCUCAGUUUUACUGCAUGCUCAGACAUUUCAAUUCAGCCCACAAUCUAAGUUUAAGUAAUUGAAUAUAUUACAGCAGAAUUAUUUAUAGGAUAUUUUUAUAUGCAACGUGUUUUUACUGUAGUAUGAGAAAUACAGUGGCUUUAUUUCUUUGGAAGUGAGUACAGAUGUGCUGAUAAUGAAAUCCACCCCAUGCUCCUCUACCAUACGCUCUCUCUGUGAGUAUGGUAAACUCUCAUGAAGGGUCCAGAAUUAACUUUUUGCCACUCCUUAACAUUUUGGAUGAACAUUUUUACCUGCCAUGAAACUGUAUUUUGCAUACGAUUAAGAUAACCACCAGGGGCCUCGUUCAUAAAAAAUUAUCAGAUUUUAUUUCUUCUUAAGUUAAAUGUGAGAAACAAAUCAAGAUUUGUAAAGGCAAAAACAAAUGUGAAUUUAAGUUGAACUAUAAUUUAUGAAUAGGGAUUUGUGAAUACAGACAUUUUAUGAAUCAUUUGUAGGAUUAAAUAAUCCAGCAUUGUUUCAAUGUUGUGUACACACACACACACACACACACACA